AUGGGGAUUUGGCCGGAAGAAAGAGGAUUCACUUAUGGAUCCAGCUAUAAAGUUUUAUUCCCGAUCAGUUUUAUGUUUCUCUUUAUUACCGUACCACAAACAACAAAUCUCUAUUUCAUUUGGGAUGAUUUCGAAUCUAUCGUCGAAAAUCUAUCGGUAUCAAACAUAAUUAUAACAAUUUCUCUAUUGAAGACAGCAGCAUUUUGGUCCAACGGGAGAUCCAUGAAAAUACUUCUAUGGCACAUGGAAAACGAUCGAAGAGAAGCUACAACCGAGGAAAACGUUAGGAAGAUGAUGAGAAUCGCUGAUAUCAGUAGGAAGAUAACAACUGGAAGUAUCAUAAUGUGUAAUUGUAUUGUUUUUACUCAUGUGAUAAUAAGAACCCUAUUGCUACCGAUUACCGGACGGAUUGGACAAAUUACAGCCGCACUUUACGCAGCCAACAGUUAUACAGCUGUUGAUACUUUCAUGACAAUGUUGGUGUUACAUGUGUGCGGACAAUUUUCGAGUCUUAGAAAAAACUUGACUCAAUUGUGUUCGGAAAGUAACAAAAACUUUCGAAUUGAUCUGGCAAGAAUUGUGAAAAAAUAUGAUAUGCUUAAUAGAUAUGCUGAAACAAUUGAUGACAAAUUCAACGGCAUGUUACUCGUACAAAUGCUUGGCUGUACAAUGCAACUCUGUGUUCAAUUCUAUCAAGCAAUUUCGACCAUUGUGGAUGACGAUCAUAGUCUCUUGAUAAUCCGACUAUUCUUUUUUACUAUAUACACAACGUACGUCAUGCUUCACAUUUAUCUAUAUUGUUAUAUCGGCCAGAAACUUUUUUCUGAGGGAACGAAAAUUGCUUUUGCCGUGUACAAUUGCGACUGGUAUCAUUUAUCACCAAACGAAGCUAGAUGUCUUAUAAUAAUAAUGUGUCGAGCACAAAUAUCAUCGCAUAUUACUGCAGGAAAAUUUUGUUCCUUCAAUCAUGAACUUUUCAGCUAUAUUUUAAAAACAUCGAUGGGUUAUUUGUCCGUCCUAUAUGCGAUGAAAAUCAAAUUCGUCGAUUAA